AUGCAGGAGCCAGAAACACAAAUUGGAGGGGUAAAUGUAGCGUUCAAAGAACCGGUGCACAAAAUUUUGGACCGGAUUAAGAAUGAAACAUUCUUUAGGUGGCCGAACAAGAUGGGAGGGGAUCCAUCUCGGAGGAAUCAGAGCUUGUACUGCACAUAUCACCGAGAUAAAGGGCACACCACCGAACAGUGUCGGGUAUUAAAAGAUCAUCUGGGUCAGCUGGUGAAAGCUGGGCGUUUGAAAGAAUUCGUAAUGGAGUCUGGUAACCGAGAUGCUGGUCAGGGUGUUCGGCAGAUGGGGAAUCCUCCCCCGCCUCAUUUAGGAGUGAUCGAAGUCAUCCAUGCUGCCCCAAGGAACGCGGCCACGACGAGAGAAGUAUUAACAGUAGCGUGCUCGGAAGGACGAUCACCCGAAAAAAGGAUGAAAAUUGGCCGGCUGGCGAUCUCUUUCGACGAGGAGGAUCUGGAGGGGACGAUCCAACCUCAUAAUGAUGCGUUGGUAGUAGCAGCGCAGAUAAGCGGCUUCUUGGUGAAGAGAGUAAUGACAGACCAGGGAAGCGGAGCUGAUGUAAUAUAUCCCGAUCUGUUUGAAGGGCUCGGACUAAAACAUCGGGACUUGGUGAAAUAUGACAUGCCGCUCGUCUCUUUUGACGGAAGAACGGUAAUCCCCGAAGGACAGAUUUCUCUCUCGGUGAGUAUGGAGGGCAAGGAAGUAGUGGUGACCUUCAUAGUAGUCAAGUCGUUCUCGCCAUACACGGCAAUUUUGGGAAGGCUGUGGAUUCACGCGAUGAAAGCCGUCCCAUCCACCCUGCACGUGAAAGUUAAAUUUCCCACCGAAUAUGGAGUUGCCGUGGUACGGGGGAACCAGCGAGUGGCUAGGCAGUGUCUGGUCGCCGCGAUCAAGUGGAAAGACGAGCAAGCUGAACAAAAGGAAGUCACCGAAGAAGUAGCUUCAUAG